AUGCUGCAGCUGCUCCUCGAUUUCGAUGAUGUCAAGUUGCUCAAAUGGUACCUUUUCAAAAGCUGUGAGAACGAGUCGCAUCCGAAACUCUACCUUUUCGGUCCCAAGCUCCAUGCAUGCAUUGUCCGGUACGGCUACGCGCAGCUAGCGCCCGCCUUCCACGCCCUCUUGAAGCGCUGGGGAAGAAUGUCAUAUGCCGACGCUGUCCAUCUGCCGUUUGUGCUGCUUGCGAGCUUGGCCGGUGUCUCGGACGACCCGAUCUGCCUCUCGAUGACAGACUCGGACGCGCGCCAGCACCUACAAGCGGCUUACACUGUGCUUCGCGCAUCGUGCAACGUCGAAGAGAUCAUGAAUGUGCCCUGUGAGGACGGGGACGUCGACCACCAAGCGACCGACGCCGCCUUGCAGCUCCUCAAGAGCUGCCUCUUGCUCGAAGCGUAUUUUGGAAACGCCGAGUCGCUUCCAUCUAGCAUCCUCUCGCAUCUACCAGACCUCGAGUCUUGGACCGACUUUCCGUGCAUGUACGUACUCGCACCCGCGGUGGCAUUUGCUGCGCACCACAACCCCCACGUGGCACUCGGUGCGUUCAGCGUCCACGCCGUGGCCAAGCGCGUGCGCGGUGAUUUCGACCAUAGCAUGUCACCAUUAGCGAUGGCCGGUUCGUUCUUACUACGUCUCUUGGAGAGCCCGCGCGGCGCAACGCUUCUCAGCGAUAUUCUUGAUAUGCUUGGAGAUACGGACGGCAUGUGUACGAAUAUGCCCUUGAUUUGCGGCAUCUGCGUGCUCUCCAAGUUCAUUGCGAUCCCGAUCGAGCAAGUGACGUACCUCUCGGACCACGUCGCCCGCGCUACCAAAUGCUUUGUCGCGCAGCGUGAUUUGGACGGGAUUCUUCCGUACUACUGCGAUGGCCCCGUGCCCGCGACGCGAUCCGCAAGAAUACACCUCGCUUGGCGCUAUAUCAUCGCGGACGCCUUGUCCUUCUUCAACCGCGCGGCGCCGCACCAUGUCGGCAUGCUGUUUGAGAAACUGCGGGGUCAGCUUGACGGCGACGACGACUAUGAAGAAAACAUCAAGUUUCCCGCCGACGUGGUGGCAGUAAUGUUGCCGCUGCUCGAGACCUUUCAUGUGCGCUGGCCAAACUUGGAUGUCGGCGUUCGAGCUGGCAUGGCCAAGUCACUGCACACGGCGCUUCAGGGUAGGGCAAGGGCCGAUUCGGCGGUCCUCGCAGCGCUGAGCCGCCUCGCAGAUCGAUCCGCGUGA